GGCAUCGCAGCGUGCAGCGCGAGAACCAAGGGAUGGCCGACGAGGCCAUGGCGCAGGCCAAGGCCGCGCGGAUCACGGCCUUCUACGAGCAGUACAACCCCGAAAACCUCAAGAACAUUCCCGAGAUCCUACGCGUCUUUGCAGGCCGCGAAGAUGUGCUCUGCGCCAAGCUCUUGAAAAAGUACGGCCGCCAGCCCGACCUGCAGAGCCUCGCCAUCUCGGUGCCCGAGCCCCAGUACGCCUACGUGCCCGGCUACCAGCUCUUUGUCGCACCUCCGUCAACGCCCGGCGACCACCGCUCGGCCGCAUUUGACGCUGCAGUUGCGCUGCGCGAGCACGAGCGUCUACCGCACACGCAGCCCGUGCACCCGCUCGACAAUCUCAACAAGUGCCGGGCGCUGCUACCGCCGACGGACCCGCACCACAAUGCUAGCGUGGGCCAAACCAAGCCCAAACCAGCGACGCCUGCUGUCGCCAAAGUGGCCCCGGCGCGCCCGGCCCUGCUCGAGACCAUUGGAGAUCAGUUUGAAGCGGGUCCGCUGAGCGUACUUCGCGCGUGCUUGAAGGCCAAAGCCAAGGUGUGUGUCGUCAUUCGCCGAGUCAAUAGCAUCCGGGGCACGUGCACCGGGUUCCUCAAAGGCUUUGACAAGCACAUGAACGUCGUCCUGAUCGACGUGACCGAGCGGUACGUGCCUCGUGCCCCGGAGCAUACGACGUCACCACCGAGCAUGGCCCAAUGGCACCGAACAGACGGCGUCCAAAAGCGCUUUCUACGGCAGCUGCUCGUCCGCGGUGACAACAUUGUGCUCGUCUACCCCACCAAGCCGCUGCCACCGAGUAGCAGUACCUGAUCGACUAAAUCAUAAGUAGAUACUCUCUUGCAUUGGGCUAUCCA